GCUUCAUCUCUCCUCAUGACUGGCAUCCACAUCUCACACGUGGUCACUGCGCUCUGAACUUCUCACGUUGUGAGCACCAGUUGUCUGCCUGACAUCUGGGGUCAAAGCGGAUUCUUCAUAGAGAAAUAUGAAGUUACUGGGCAAGGUAGCUUUCUUGCUUUUGCUCGGUGGAAUCUGGUGUCAGAACAAUCGUAACGCUAAAGCUAGUGGUAAGUCCAGCAAGAAAUCUGGUGAGAACCAAGGAGGUGAUGUUGACCAGUCUCCCUCGGUGGGUGGUCUGACUUCGGGAGCAGUGGGAAGCACCAGGAGCACCGGUAGCUCUGGGAGCUCUGGGAGAGGCACAUCUGAAGCAGGGCGGGAGGCUGCUGCAGGAGCUCGAGCAGCUGGACAACAGACAGAUGAUAUGAGGCUGCACUUCCUCAAAAAUAAUCAAGUUACAUGUAAUGAUGGAACAACGGCUGGGUUUUACCUAAAGGAGUUCAGAGGAAGCCGCCGAUGGCUGUUAUUUUUGGAAGGGGGCUGGUGCUGCCACAGCAAAGAUACCUGUGAUUCCAGGUACCAAAAUAUACCCAGACUAAUGAGCUCAUCGGGGUGGCCACAAACUAAAAUAGGAACUGGAAUUUUGUCUUCUCAAGCACAGGAAAACCCACACUGGCAUAAUGCAAACAUUGUAUUCAUUCCGUACUGCUCCAGUGAUGUGUGGAGUGGUACGGGUGUAGCCCUAACACCUCCUCCAAGGCCACGGCAGGGCAGGGAAAAAGAGAGGGAUCCAAAUACAAAUGCGACUGAGUACACCUUCAUGGGAUCCCUGAUUAUCCGUGAGGUCAUCAAAGACCUCAUUCCCAAAGGAAUCAAGCAGGCCAAGGUUGUCAUGCUGUCUGGCACGAGUGCUGGGGGAACAGGUGUUUUGCUGAACAUCGAGAGGGUGGCAAGUCAGCUGGAGCAGCUCGGUGCAGAGGCUCAGGUCAGAGGACUCGUGGAUUCCGGCUGGUUUCUGGAGAGUAAACAGCAGAGAUCACCUAAUUGUCCCGAGACUAUUUCCUGCUCACCUGAAGAUGCUAUCAAGAUAGGACUCAGGUUGUGGAAUGGGGUUGUACCUGAAAGAUGCAGGAAGCUCCAUAAAAGAGGAGAGGAGUGGCAGUGCUUCUUUGGCCACAAACUGUACUCUACCUUGACCUCCCCUCUGUUUGUUGUGCAGUGGCUGUUUGAUGAGGAGCAGCUGAGAGUGGAGAACAUCUACAUGGGAGGACAUAGUCUGUCCGAGGAGCAGUGGCAGUACAUUCAGAACCUGGGCCGAGAGCUCAAGAUCUCACUGAGAGAUGUCACAGGAGUGUUUGCUCCGUCCUGCCUCUCCCACACAGUGAUUACCAGAAGCAACUGGUUGAGUUUCCAGGUAAAAGGUACCUCUCUGCCACGGGCCCUGCACUGCUGGGACAGGAGUCUAGAGGCUACACGCAACAACAAAACCCCUGCGAAAGGCUGUCCUUUCCACCUGGUGGACACCUGCCAGUGGCCCCAGUGCAACCCCACCUGCCCAGCCUUGGUGGACCAGGCCACCCAGCAGGAGCUCACUUUAAUCCAGAUGCUAGUCGCCAUGGGCCUUGACCUCCAGAAGCUGGGCCUGGAUCCCCAGGAAGAUGCAGUUUCUCUGGCAAGAAUGGUCACCAAUGGUGGCUAAAUGUCAGUGGAUAGAAGCUUGAGCCACGCAAAGGCUCAAAGAAUAAAUAAUGUAAUAAUGUAACCAUAGAAAUAGUACAGAAAUCCGGUUACGUGGUCUUGUGCUGCUCAGCCGUCCAUUAUGCUUCAUGUGUCUGUUAAAUUUGUGACUUGACUGGUGGGUAUGUCAGUGAGUUUCAGUGGUUUAGCGGCCCCUCUACUGGACACUGCAGAAAAGAGCUUUGGGUCUAAAUGAGAGGCAUUUCAGUUGUACUGGUUAAACAGCUUUGAGUUUCAGCAGAUGGUCACACAUUUACACACUAUACAGGAAAUCAAACUUUAUUGCAUAGCAACAGAGUUGAAUAAUUUAGAUUUAGAUGAGCAGAUGUUCCAUCCAAAUGUUGGCACAUGCUGCUUUGACAAGACUCAGAAAACAUUUGCACGCAAAAUACAGUACCAGUCAAAGGUUUGGACACAUUUUAUUAUUCAUUUUAAUGAGAAAGUGUAUAGAGACCUUUGACCGGAACUGUACAUAUGUAGGCUAUCAUUUUGAUAAGCUUUAAAGAAAAAUGUAUAUACCGUUAAGGACUUUACCAAACACUCAUACAAUAGCAGUUACUUUUGAUGUGCCAACUUUUGGAUAUUCUGAUUUGGAUUAACAGUGACCCAAUCAUUUAUUUGAACACACACAAUUCCAAAGACACGGAUUGUCAUAUCUGAGUUUUAGUCUUUAGCUCCUGAUGGGGAAUGUGCAUGAUGUUCUUCUGUAUAUGCAGGCAGGAUUUCAACUAUUUACCAUGUGAUGUUUGCAUUCAAUUUAUACAUUUUCUUUAAAAACAAUAAAAGCUGGGGUUAUUUACCGCAGUUGCAAGGAUCAUCUAGUGACAUGCAUGGACAAAAUACAGAUGUAUUGCCAUCGUUAAUUUGUAUUUACAAUUCAUGCUUCCUUUCCAAUGUUGUGCAUGUUUUGAAAGGAAGUCUCACAUUUUACUGUACAUUUAUGUUUUUUUUAAUCUAGGUAUUGUAAAAAAUAAUGAUAAUGUGACAAUAAUUGUACAUGCUGUUAACAAGCAUAAGACUGAUUUGUUGCUCAGGUUGAAAAAUAAUAUAAAGGUUUGAAUUGGCUCUGACAACAUGGACUUGUUUCCGGUUCAUCGUGUUCUGUUGUAACACAAUAAUAAUCUAUAUGUAAAAAAAAUGAAAUGAGAAGAUGCAUAUGGUGUGUCCUUUGUUUCUGCCAUCUGGCUAUUUUUCAUUUAGACAGGAAUA